GUGAUUUUUGGUGACAUAUGACAUUUAGAAGCCAAUAAGAUCUUGCCUAAAAUAAAAUUUAGGUUUGGCUUAAAAAAAAAUUAAUAUUCGCAUUUGUUAAACUUACACUGAACCAAAAUGGCGCUGGCAUUCCGCAAUAUGCUCAGAACUGCAGCAAGAAGGAUGCAAGUUCGAGGUUAUGCUGAUGCUCCCAAGGGAGAUGAAAUGGCUUUGACAUUUGCUGCUGGCAAUAAGGUCUUCUACGACAAAAAAGUAGUCAAACAGAUUGAUGUGCCAUCCUUCAGCGGAUCUUUUGGUAUUUUGCCCAAACAUGUACCUACACUUGCUGUUCUGAGGCCCGGUGUUGUCACUGUUGUGGAGAAUGAUGGCAAGCAAACUAAAAUAUUUGUAUCUUCGGGCACAAUCACUGUCAAUGAUGACUCCUCAGUUCAAGUACUGGCUGAGGAAGCUCACCCAUUAGAGAGUCUGGACCGCAGCGCCGCGCAGGAGGCUCUUAGCAAAGCCCAGUCUGAACUAAAUUCUGCUGCUAAUGAAAAGGCAAAGGCUGAAGCUUUAAUUGCCGUAGAAGUUGCAGAGGAAGUGGUUAAAGCUGCUACCGCAUAAAUGUAACCUUCAGUUGUCAAUGCUAGUGCUAAACUAUUUAAUGUUAAACCGUAAAUAAACAUCAAAUUCCGUAGUCUU